CGGGGUCGAUUCCAGUCGCCGGGGCGGCUUGCGCGCAGGGUGUUCGGCCUAAUGACUCUUCCUCCAUGGCCUACAUCACCUCUAGUGCAGGUCGUGCCGACAUGUCCACUGAGACCGACCGAGGUCAAGCUAAGGUUAGUCCACUCUCUGGAUUCCACUGGCUGAGUCGUUGGUGAUGUCUUGACGCGGCCUCACCAGUGAGCUCGUACAUGUGACAUCACCGUCAGGGUACGGGUUGCGCGUGACGACCUCGCCUCAGGGUCUUCGAACACGGCAGUGCCAGGUAAGGUACGUGGUCGCUGUGUGGAUGCAGGGCUCCAUCCGAAGUUGUUGGCUUAGCUACUACAGUGUGCCAAUUGUGAUAGUUGUUAGCUAGUGCUAGAGCAGAGAAGACACCCUCGAUCCAUCUAAUGCCACCAGAGGAAUCUGUGUCAAUUAGCACAAAAGUUGGCAGAAUGUAGUGGCUGUAACCUUUCUAUUGGUGGAGCAUGCUUAGUUAUCGUCACAAAAGGGAAAAAAGAAAAGUUCUCUUUUUGGAGCACGUGAUAGAGAACCUGCUUGCUGUGCAUUGACUUGCUUGACUAGAACAGUAACAAGCACGCACAAGUAUUUGUUAGUCCCAUGUAUAUGUAAAUGCCAUAGCCUCUGCCUCUCGCUCAGCUACACGACUCUGGUUUUGCUCACGAAAGCAAAGAAGACUCAUGAAUCUAUGCGUUGCAGUUCCCUUAUUCUUUAUCUUUCAGUUCAUCCAUGCCCAGCCUGAUGAUCUAGGUUUCAUAAGCAUCGAUUGUGGUAUCCCAGUGUACUCUACCCACCAAGAUCCCGUUACGAAUAUACUAUAUGUAUCAGACUAUGGUUUCAUCGGCACAGGAGAAAAUCGCAACAUCUCCUCAGAUUACAUAAAUCCAUCACUUGCUAAAGGCUACUUCAAUCUCCGGUUCUUUCCACAUGGCCCAAGGAAUUGCUACACCCUGAGGUCCUUGGUGACAGGAAACAGGUACCUUGUUCGUGCCUCCUUUUACUAUGGAAACUACGACGGCCUGGGUAAACCUCCCAUCUUUGAUGUGUACCUGGGAGCAAACUACUGGCAUGAAGUUAAUUUUGAUGCAAGAUCAGUUAAUUGGAUGGACAUCAUAGUUGUGUCUCCUACUGAUUACCUGCAAGUUUGUCUGGUUAACAAAGGGAGGGGAACUCCUUUUAUAUCUGCGCUGGAGUUGAGGUCACUGAACACCACUCUUUACCCACCAGUAAAUGCAAGUCAAUCACUCGCGCUGAUUAGUUCUAAUAGGUUCCUCUUGGGGCCCACAGGCAAAUCAAUAAUCAGGUACCCCUCGGACCCCCAUGACCGCAUCUGGUCGACGUAUGAUGCAGUUCCGAAUUGGACGGAGAUAUCUACAACAUAUGUCAUUCAGAAUAACCUCAGCGGUAUCUACGAUGUGCCGUCAUCUGUUAUUCAAAAUGCAGCAACUGUUAAUAGCUCAAGAAUGGAUUUCUCGUGGGAUCCAUCUGAUACAUCGGUGGACAUAAGCUCCAAGUACUUCUUUGUUUUCUACUUGGCUGAGCUGCAGAAUGUACCCAGAAAUGCGGUGCGGCAGUUUGAUAUCAUUAUCAAUAACAAGACAUGGAACACACAACCUUACACGCCAACAUACCUAUUUGCCAAUUAUUUUUCAGGCAUUGUAGAUGGGAUGUCAAAUUUUAGGGUGUCACUUGUUUCUACAAAAAAUGCAACACUGCCACCUAUCCUCAAUGCCAUGGAAAUGUACUUGGUGAAACCGAUAACUGAGGUUGCAACUGACCCUGGAGAUGCUAAAGCCAUGAUGGCCAUCCAAGAAGAUUUUGGUGUGCUAAAAAACUGGAUGGGAGAUCCAUGUACUCCAAAAGCUUUUGUAUGGAGAGGAUUAAAAUGCUCAUAUUCUGCAGCGGAUCCCUCUAAAAUAACAGCAUUAAACCUAUCGUCCUUUGGGUUAGUUGGUGACAUCUCUCCUAAUUUGAAAUAUCUCAAGGCACUCCAGUAUCUGGAUUUGUCACACAACAACUUGUCUGGGCCUAUUCCCGACUUUCUUGGGCAACUUUCGUUACUAAUAUUUCUGGAUCUGACCAGCAAUGAUCUCAGUGGACCAAUUCCUGACAGCCUUCUACAAAAAUCCAAAAAUGGGUCCCUAUCAAUAAGGAUUGGUGAUAAUGCAAAUCUUUGUGGCAAUAGUACUGCCUGCAUAUCAGGUCGGAAGAAAUUCAAUGGGACACGUCUAGUUGCAAUAAUUGUUCCAAUAGUUGCCAGCAUGGCACUAUUUAUUGUCUUAUUUCUUCUGAUGCGCCCAGUGCUCAAAGGAACCACUGCACUGUUUACUGUCUUAUUUGUUCUGCUACGCCCAGUGCUCAAAGGAAAAGAUGAAUCAGUGUUACUUGAAAACCGAGAAUUCUCUUACAGAGAACUGAAGCAUAUUACUGAUAACUUCAGCCAAGAGAUUGGCAAGGGAGGGUUUGGACCAGUCUUCCUUGGCUACUUGGAGAAUGGAAACUCAGUAGCUGUGAAAGUGCGUGCCGAGUCAUCGUCCCAAGGGAGUAAAGAGUUUCUGGCUGAGGCUCAGCACUUGACGAGGAUUCACCACAAGAACUUAGUUUCCUUAAUUGGCUACUGCAAAGACAUAAACCAUUUAGCCCUUGUUUACGAGUACAUGCCCGAAGGGGACCUGCAGGGUUAUCUGAGAGCCACUUCUACUAGUAGACCGCUCACUUGGGAGCAACGUCUUCAGAUCGCCCUUGAUGCUGCACAAGGUCUUGAGUAUCUGCACAUCGCGUGCAAACCACAAUUGAUUCACAGAGAUGUGAAGAGCAGGAACAUUCUCCUGGCGACUGAUCUUGUGGCUAAGAUUGCUGAUUUUGGCUUGACCAAGGUUUUUGGUGACUCAAAAACACACAUAACCACUGAACCAGUUGGUACUUUUGGCUACUUAGAUCCCGAGUACUUCCGCAGUUUUCGCGUCACCGAGAAGAGCGAUGUGUUCAGCUUUGGCGUCGUCCUCCUGGAGCUCAUCACAGGCAGUCUUCCAGUCGUACCGAUCAGCGACAACAUGAGAAUCCACAUUGGUGAGUGGGUGCAACAGAGCCUCGACCACGGCACCAUGGAAAACAUUGUGGAUUCAAAGAUGGGAGGGGACUAUGAUAUCAACUCUGUCCGAAAAGCUGUCGCCCUUGCACUGCACUGCAAGCGAGAGGUCUCCCGGGAGCGUCCGGCGAUGGCUGAGGUGGUUAUGCAGCUUAAGGAGUGCUUGGUGCUUGAGAACCGUUGGGACAGGAUGCGAAGAAACUUGGGUUCCAAUGGUGAUGGUUUGACUUUGACCUGCGCUAGAGAGGGAAGUGCACUUGAGGCAGAAGAAGAACAAGGUGAGGAGAUAGAAGCGGUUGCUUAUGGUCCUGCAAUGUGAUACUAGUGGUUUUGAUGAUGUUAUAUGAGUGCUGGAGGUUUGAGCACUCUUACAUUACCUUUAUGAUAAAGAUUUGUCUUGUCUCUCUUUGUGACGUUCUUAAAUUUCUGGCUAUGUUUAGAUGAAUUUUCCACCAAAAGAAAAUUAUGGAGAUGAAAUGAGAUCAGCCAUGUAUUUGAUA